GUGACGCGCCGGGGACGCGGCUGCGGCGGGGACGGGACCGGCGGGGUCAGCAUGGGGAAGCAGAAGAAGGCGCGGAAGUACGCGGUCAUGAAGCGCAUGAUCAGCCUCCGGGACGAGCGCCUUAAAGAGAAGGAUCGCGCAAAAGCCCCCGUGAAGAAGAAGGAGGACCCGAGUGCCAUCAAAGAGCGGGAGGUCCCCCAGCAUCCCUCUUGCUUGUUCUUCCAGUAUAAUACACAGCUGGGCCCUCCUUACCACAUCCUGGUUGACACUAACUUCAUCAACUUCUCCAUCAAGGCCAAACUGGACCUAGUGCAGUCGAUGAUGGACUGUCUCUAUGCCAAAUGUAUUCCAUGUAUCACAGAUUGCGUAAUGGGUGAAAUCGAGAAGUUAGGACAGAAGUACCGUGUGGCAUUAAGAAUUGCCAAGGACCCUCGGUUUGAACGCUUGCCAUGUAUGCACAAAGGAACCUACGCCGAUGACUGCUUGGUGCAAAGGGUCACUCAGCACAAAUGUUACAUCGUGGCCACCGUGGAUAAAGAGCUCAAGCGGAGAAUACGAAAAAUCCCUGGAGUGCCCAUAAUGUAUAUUUCCAGGCACAGGUACAAUAUUGAGAGGAUGCCAGAUGAUUAUGGAGCUCCUCGAUUCUAACCUGUCCAGUCAAGCCAUCAAUGCCAGAACUGUGAGCCAGGAUAAGGGGCCUUCUGAUCCUACCCUCCUCCUUUCUUCUUUUGUUGAAACUCUGCCCAUAGGACUGUGGAUAACACCAAACUGACUUCUUAACCUUGUUUUUCUAAGAAAAAGCUAUUUGGAAGAGUCUGGUUUUAUUCAUCCAUCCUCUGCUUUGGUCUGAUUACCUAUAGCUGGGAGAAGCAUAUGGGAAACAGAGGGCAGCAGGACCAAAAAUGUGCCUAGCUCUGCAUCGGGACCAUUGGAAAAAGUGAUUUCAGCAUUUUGAAUUAAAUAUUGAUGAUGCAACUCUGAGAAUGAAACCACAAGAGAUUUUAAAAGUUUCUUACUGCUGCACCUGGAGUACACCUAGGUAUUCCUUUGGGAAGCUACCUCACACCUGUUUAGUCAAAUCAGAAUCUACAUUCUGCAGAAAAAGACAUCAGACCUGCACCUGUUGGUGGCUUUCUCUGGAAAAGCAGUCUGGAUUUAAAUUCAGAAUUGAUAGGCUUUUAUUCAACAGCACAGUGAAUGAAGUUUAAGUGUCUGCUAAGACUGCUCUUUCUGACCUUGGUUAGUCGGCAGCCCCGUCCUUUUGCUUACAUUUAGAGUGGUGGAGGGCAGGGCAGGGUUGGGUUGGGACAAGUCUUUUGCUCCUGUUUGUUUGGGUCCUAUGCACCUCAAAGCCUCAUCCCUUCUGUUAUGUAUCAGGGCCAAGAAGGGAAGUGUCUAAAGGGCAAAGGUAUUAAUGUGGGCUGGGAGCACAGUCGUUGUGGAGGAGUAAGAACAGUGGUAGAAUCCCUGGGAUUAAAGUGUGGAUGUGGUGCUGAGAGACACGGUUUAAUGGUGGAUUUAGCAGUGCUGUUUCAAUGGUUAGCAAUUGCUAAAGAUGUGUUAGGAGGGUUGGAGGAUGAGCAGAAGAAAAUAUUGGCAGUGAGAAAACCCAUCAGGAAAUUUUCAUUAAUUGAGUAUAAUUGGUAAGAAAAAACUUGGCUAUUAACUUGAAGAGCCUGGUCAGAAGAUAAAUAGGACAGGACGGGACCACCUGAAUGAUCAGCUGCUUCUCCUGCAAUGCCAGACAACCUGUGUACCAAACACUUGGUUCAGAGGAAAAUAUUUACUCCAUGCACACAAUGGCAUCCCAGGGUCUGAUCCAAUUUACAGUAUAUGAGAGGAGGAAAGAUCGUUGUCACAGGAAAGAGUUUGGUAAACUAGAAUAUUUUGAUGUUCCCACAAAUGCAAAACUCUGUCAGUCCAAACCAGAAGAGUAAUUCCUUCCCGAUUCAACUCUGGUAGUUGGUUUAAACAUGCACAGGACUUAGAUAUCAGGUGUUUGCAGUGUUUCUUAGUAAUUAGAGAAUUUAGCCUCCCUGCUAACAUACUGUCUCCUGCUGUAGCCGGUUUCCAUAGCUUCAUAAGACAGAGAACAUAUGGGACCACCACAUGAAGAAAAUCUGAAUAUAUGCAAAAAAUGGUAGGAAAUAAUUUCUAGCCCUUUCUGGAGCCACCAGAAGGUUUAAGAUUACUACAGGCUUACCAGAUGAAGAAAUUUAAGCUGCUGAUCCAAGAUGUGACACUGGUUAAUUGAGGGGUAACUGAAAUGUGGUAUAAUAGUGUUUAGAAGCAGGAAAACAUGAGCUAUUAAAAAAAAAAAUUAACCCAAACCAACAUGAUGGCACCCUUUAAUGUUACAGACUGAAAAGAAUAAAAGAAGAAAAAUAACAUAUUCUGAAUAGAAGAAUCAUAGGGCAUAAUGUGAACUUAACAGGGUUGGUUUUUUUUGUAAGAUUGGGUAAGGCCAGUGUGUCUUGUCUGGUGGGAGUCAACUGUAGUGCAAUCCAAACCAGAUUUGAGUAUUGAAGAAGCAUCUGUCAAGCUAUUUGGAAGUUACAUUUUGGCUUCUACAAUGUAGGCUGGAAAACAGUUGUCCUGAAAACGUUUAGGUACGUGUAUUCCCUCACAAGAGAAGUAAAAGAAGUCUCUUGACAAUAUUGAGUAACCACAACAGUCAGCAAAAAUAGUAGGAGAGACCUGCCUGCAGGAAAUAACUGUUAGUAAACUGAUCACAAGGGAACUUACAUACAAUGAAUAGAUCAGGAGGAUAAAUUAAAGGAUGUUUGCAACAGGAAUUCCCUAUAUUGGAAGGACGGAGUUUCAAAAGCUUAGUGAGUAAACUGGCCCAUAGAACUUGGGUAUAGAAAUGCUAAAUACAGUAUAAUGAACAGUAGAUGCGGGGUAAAAACACAAAUGCUAUCUGAAAGUCAUAUUCACUGCAAGAGAAAUCUAAGACCAUCCUAAAUAGAAAAGGAUCAAUAAUCAUCUCUAAAUAAAAUGAAGGGUUACUAAAGAAUAGAAAAGACAGUUCUAUUAAUAUCAAAUUAAGAUCAUUUUCUUAAAGAUUUGCAUCUCAGUUGAAUUUAGUCAAAUAUUUUCUUGCAGAUUCAUGGUGUAUCUCCUCUGUAGACUUCCUGAAAUUUAACAACGAAUGAACAUAAAGUUCAGCUUUUCUACCAGAGAGAAUAAAGCUUCUCUACCU